AUGGUCUCGUUCACUUCUCUUCUCACAUGCGUCACUGCCGCAGCGCUCGCGUUUGCCUCGCCACUAGAUGAGCGAGAUGCAGGUACAGACCUUCUGAUCCAGGACUUGUUGCGCCUCGAUCGAGCUAUCAAUACCAUCACCACCGCUGCGAAUGGCUAUACCGGAGGGCAGGCCGACUAUCAGCCUAUUCGGGAAUCUUUCGCUGAAGUCAACCGCACGAACCGCAUUGCUUACUACGACGCCAUGACAAUCGCUCCUCGUAAGCAGAUGCUUCCUUUUGCAUAAGUCUUUGACAUCGAGACAUCUGACAUGCUUCGCAGAGUCCAUUCCCGACAGCGACCGCAUUAUCGCAGUGGUUGCAGACCCGAUACAGCCAGAUAUCACUACCGCGGUGAACGCUCUUAUCGCCAAGAAGGCUCUCAUUGACGCUGCCGGUCUUUCGGAGGAGACCGCCGACGGAUUGAAUCUCAUCUCUUCCGACCACGAUACGCUUAGCUUGGUCGCGGUCGCGCCGAAAUUGGAUCCUGCAACUAUUCCUGCUGCUACUCCGCCCGUUUUGCACAUUGAUCUGGACUGGAGGAGGGGCGUGGUUGCUUUCGGCGGAUUGCCGUUAGCACCUAUCACGAUGUAG